AUGUGUUACGAUAAGGGUGCGACUGUGUCGGUGAUGCGGGAAAGAGUGGUCGGGUUCUCGAAGGUUCGAGUGCGUUGGUGUGUCUGGCGGGGAAAGGGGACUCCUGCCCCGACCAUCGAGCAGAAAGCGAAGGCCCGCCGACUUACCUCCUUGGCGGUGGCGACCUUUUUCAGAGGAGCGGUGGGCACUUUCUUGGCUGGCUUCUUGACUGGCGCAGGUUUCUCGGCCUUCUUAACAGAUGCGGGUUUCUCGGCGGCGGGCUUCUUGGUGGUGGUCUUGCUAGCAGGUUUGGCGGUCUUGGAAGCGGGCUUCUGUGAGAUUUUUCCGAAAGUGCUUUGA